AAAGUAAUUUUUCUAUUAAUUCAAUUAAGCUCCUCCUAAUUAUUAUUAUUUUUUUUGUAGUGCUGCGCAGAUCAACCACAAUAUUCGCUCGCUUCCUCGUCGGUGGUUCAUUGCUCGCACAAAUUUGCGUUUCUGCUCCGCAGUUCUUCCGGCCUCGACGUGUACUGGUCUUUAUUCUUUCUAUGUCUCCUCUCAGUCUUUCUCUACUUUCGACCCCGUCGUCUCUCUGUGCUAUACAGGCGGGUCAUUCAGAGCUGUUUUCUCCUCAGAGGCCAGUUAUGGUCCCCAUUAAGAGGGUUCUUCUUAAUACUACAUUUUCCCGAGCUUUAUUGUCACCACAGGCUAUACGGUCCUCAUCGGGUAAUAGAAGAAGAUCAGUACAAUCAUAUGUGAAGGCCUCAGAGGGCUCAUCUACUGUAGCAUCUCAUGGAAAUACUUCACAAGGGGCACGGAAGAACAUGCAUAAUAAGGAUUCAACAUUUCCUACUGGGUUUGAGGCACUAGUGUUAGACGUAUGUGAUGAAACAAAUAUUGCUGAGUUAAAAGUGAAGGUUGGUGAAUUUGAAAUGCACAUAAAGAGGGAUGUUGGAUCGACAAAUACAUCAGUAUCUAAUGCACUUCCAAUUUUCUCUCCUUCCACCGCACCUCCCAUCCCAAGUAUGCCAAUGUCCGAAUCAAAUCCUGCUCCUCAGUCUGCUGCACUUCCACCAAAACCCUCUUCAGCACCAAGCAGUCCUUUUGCGUAUGUCUCAUCUGUGAAGGAAUCAAAACUUGCUGCUUUGGAAGCGUCGGGUUCAAGUGGAUAUGCUCUAGUGUCAUCUCCAACGGUUGGCUCUUUUCGGAGUGGUAGAACAGUGAAUGGGAAGAAACAGCCUCCAAGUUGUAAAGAGGGUGCUGAAAUCAAAGAAGGGCAGGUCAUCGGCUACUUGGAUCAGUUUGGCAAUGAGCUUCCAAUUAAGUCAGAUGUUGCUGGAGAAGUCUUAAAGAUCCUGUUCAAAGAUGGAGAACCAGUUGGUUAUGGAGAUCCAAUCGUCGCUGUUCUGCCUUCUUUCCAUGGGAUAAACAAGUGAGUUGCGUCCCUCAGCUGCAAUGCUUUUGUUUGUGAAGGUGUUAGAUUCAGAUGGGUGCUCGUUUGCUUAUUUAUGUUCCACUCAGCUCAGCAUUUUCGUGACUUUGAUUCAUGAUUUGCAAAUCACAAGAAAAUUAUUGAACUGUGAUUUGAAAAAUAAAUUGUAGCCAUCAUCUAUGCCAUGAAAAAUUACCGUUUAUUCUUUCUUGUUUUAUCCAGUGUAUUGUAUCUUUGAGGUACUGAAGUCAGGACAAUGGCAUUAUAGUGUUCAUUGGCUUAUUUGGUUAUCUUUAUAAUUUGAUUUCAGCGACAGGUACCUUUUUCGCCUUUU